ACUAAUCCACCACCACCCGCCCGCCCGCCAUCGACACCGCACCACUCACUAAUUCUCGCCGCUAAUCACUUGGCCCCGGUUAAAAGCCAGCCCGCGUGCGGGGCGAGGCGAGAUCCAAUCGCAUCUCACAUCGCCACCGAACCGUAUCCUCCGGCCCUCUUCCUUCCUCCCCCACCCCGACCCGCACCCGCCCCCUCCCCCCUCCCCUUUCCCGAGGCAGCGGGCGAGCGAGGGAGAACAGAGCAGAGCGGAGCAGAGGGCGAUGAAGAUCCAGUGCAACGCGUGCGGCGCCGCGGAGGCGCGGGUGCUCUGCUGCGCCGACGAGGCCGCGCUCUGCGCCGCCUGCGACGAGGAGGUGCACGCCGCCAACAGGCUCGCCGGCAAGCACCAGCGCGUGCCGCUCCUCCCCGACGCCGCCGCGCCGCCCAAGUGCGACAUCUGCCAGGAGGCUUCUGGAUACUUCUUCUGCCUGGAGGACCGUGCUCUACUUUGUAGAGAUUGUGAUGUUGCUAUACACACAGUGAAUUCCUUUGUUUCAGCACAUCAAAGGUUCCUGCUGACAGGAGUUCAAGUUGGCCUCGAUCCUGCCGAUCCUGUUCCACCUGUUGCUGACAAGCACGUUAACACUUCAGGUGGAUCAGUGGAUUCACUACGGAAACACUUGCCAAAGAAAAAUCCUACAGCCCUAUUUUCAGGUGAAAACAGUGCAUCUAUUCCCAGCCAAAAUGCAAUCAGUGGAGAUUAUUCAAGGCAGAUUUCUGCUCCAAAUACCAAGACAGGAAUGACCAAUUGGACUAUGGACAACAGUGCACUUAGAUUGGCAGAGCCUCCACCUAAGUACCUGUCAGAUGGAAAUUCAAAACUUCUGCUCUCUAAUCAGACCACCACAGCUUUAUCCAACCAAAUGAACAGAGAUAGUGGCCGGGCUUACAACUUACCAUUCUCAGGCGGCAAUGGGUCAGACAGUUUACCUGAUUGGCCUGUGGAUGAAUUCUUCAGUAACUUAGAAUAUGGCCCAAACUUUGGCUUCACUGAGCAUGGUUCUUCCAAGGGUGACAAUGCUAAGCUGGGGAGUGCUGGGGGAUCUCCACAGUGCCGUCUAGCUGAAGGCCUGUUUGCAGAAGACCUGCUAGGCCAGGUACCUGGAUUAGAUGCUGAGGAUCCAUGGGUGGUGCCCGAGGUUCCCUCCCCACCAACAGCCUCGGGUCUAUGCUGGCAAGGGAACUUGCAUUACCCUGUGUAUGACGGCGCCAUGUUCGUCCCUGAAGCACCCUCCCUGCAGAGCUCCCAGGACCACUUCACUGCAUCUGCUGGUUUCAAGCGUCGAAGGAGAGAGUUUUGAAUACCCGAAAGAAUAUAGCGUUGGACAUAUCUGUCGAACAGGGGAUCUUGCUGUAGGUCUCUUGGUGAGCCAAAUCGCAUAGACAAUCAUUCAAAUGGAUGGGUUCUUCGCCGGUCGGUCAAGAAAAUAUAUGUUGUAAUUGUACGCCUUUUUUGGGUCUUGUUGCUGAAGAUCAUGGUUAGUGAGUUGUGAGCUCUGAGAUAACAGGUUUGUGUAUAGUGAAAUAAAGAGGAGCGUCGUCAACACCAUGUACUAUACAGGUUUCAAAAUUCCAUUGAGAUGCAUCAGAAAUCAAUGUUGAAUUUGUGUGUUUCGAUU